AUGUUCGUCAGAAAGCGCGAUGGUCGCCAAGAGCGCGUCCAAUUCGACAAGAUCACUGCUCGUGUCUCCAGGUUGUGUUAUGGCCUGGAUACCGAGCAUGUUGAUCCUGUUGCCAUCACCCAGAAGGUUAUCUCUGGUGUCUAUGGUGGUGUGACCACUGUCCAACUAGACGAUCUUGCCGCUGAAACCGCUGCGUACAUGACCGUCACCCACCCCGACUACGCCAUCUUGGCAGCUCGUAUCGCCGUUUCCAACUUGCACAAGCAGACCAAGAAGCAAUGGUCUUCUGUUGUCAGCGAUCUGUACCACUACGUCAACCCCAAGAACGAUCGUGCCUCGCCCAUGAUCUCCAAAGACACAUACGAGUGUGUAAUGAAACACAAAGAGGAGCUCGACUCUGCCAUUGUCUACGACAGAGACUUCAACUAUCAGUACUUUGGCUUCAAGACCUUGGAGCGGUCAUAUCUCCUCAAGCUCAAUGGCAAGAUUGUCGAGCGACCCCAGCACAUGAUUAUGCGUGUUGCUGUUGGUAUCUGGGGAGACAACAUUGAGCGUGUCAUCGAAACCUACAAUCUCAUGUCCAGCAAAUUCUUCACCCACGCCUCUCCCACACUCUUCAAUGCUGGUACUCCCCAGGCUCAGCUCUCUUCUUGUUUCCUGGUCGACAUGAAGGACGACAGCAUUGAGGGCAUCUACGACACUCUCAAGACCUGUGCCAUGAUCUCCAAGAUGGCUGGUGGUAUUGGUCUCAACGUCCACCGCAUCCGUGCCACUGGUUCCUAUAUUGCUGGUACCAACGGUACCUCGAACGGUGUCAUCCCCAUGCUGCGUGUCUUCAACAACACCGCCAGAUAUGUUGACCAGGGUGGCAACAAGCGUCCUGGUGCUUUUGCGAUCUACCUGGAGCCCUGGCACGCCGAUGUCUUUGAGUUCCUUGAUUUGAGAAAGAACCACGGCAAGGAGGAAGUCCGUGCUCGUGAUCUUUUCCUUGCCCUCUGGAUCCCUGAUCUGUUCAUGAAGCGUGUCGAGAAGAACGGUGACUGGACCCUCAUGUGCCCCAAUGAAUGCCCUGGCCUUGCCGACUGCUACGGCGAGGAAUUCGAGGCUUUGUACGAAAAGUAUGAACGUGAGGGUAAGGGCCGCAAGACUAUCCGCGCCCAGAAGCUCUGGUACUCUAUCCUCGAAGCUCAAACUGAGACUGGCAACCCUUUCAUGCUAUACAAGGAUGCCUGCAACAGGAAGAGCAACCAGAAGAACCUGGGUACCAUCCGCAGCUCAAACCUUUGCACUGAGAUUAUCGAGUACUCUGCUCCUGAUGAGGUCGCUGUGUGCAACCUGGCAUCUCUUGCUCUGCCAGCUUUUGUUGACUACAAUGAGGGUCGAUAUGACUUUAAGAAACUUCACGAAGUCACUCAAGUUGUCGUUCGCAAUCUCAACAAGAUUAUUGAUGUCAACCACUACCCUGUCGUGGAAGCUCGCAACAGCAACAUGCGCCAUCGACCUAUUGGUGUAGGUGUCCAGGGUCUUGCCGAUGCUUUCCUUGCUCUUCGUAUGCCCUUCGAGUCUCCUGAGGCUCGUGAGUUGAACAAGCAGAUCUUCGAGACCGUCUAUCACGCAGCUUUGACUGCCUCAGUCCAGCUGGCCAAGGAGCAAGGUCCUUACUCUACCUUCAAGGGAUCUCCUGCCUCUGAGGGCAUUCUUCAGUUCGAUAUGUGGAACGUCAAGCCCAGCGACCUUUGGGAGUGGGACAGCCUCAAGGAGCAGGUCAAGGAGCACGGUAUCCGCAACUCGUUGCUCUUGGCCCCUAUGCCCACUGCCAGCACAUCUCAGAUCCUGGGUAACAACGAGUGCUUCGAGCCUUACACUUCCAACAUUUACCAGCGACGUGUCUUGGCCGGUGAGUUCCAGGUCGUCAACCCCUGGUUGUUGAAGGACCUCGUCGACAUGGGUCUUUGGUCUGAUGCCAUGAAGAACCGAAUCAUUGCUGAGAAUGGUUCCAUUCAAAACAUCCCCAACAUCCCCGCCGACAUCAAGGCUCUCUAUAAGACUGUCUGGGAGAUUUCUCAACGCCAGGUUGUCCAGAUGGCUGCCGACCGCGGCGCCUUCAUUGACCAGUCUCAGUCUCUCAACAUUCACAUGAAGGACCCUUCCAUGGGCAAGAUUACCAGCAUGCACUUUGCCGGCUGGAAGCUGGGUCUCAAGACUGGCAUGUACUACCUGCGUACGCAGGCUGCUGCCGCUCCUAUCCAGUUUACCGUUGACCAGGAGGCCCUCAAGAUUGCCGAUGCCAACGUUGGCAAGGAGAGACUUCCCAAGAAGCGAACUGCUCCUGCAGGCACUAGCUUCAUGACUUCCGUGACCGCUGUUCCUCGUUCCGCCCACCUCAAGGCCGAGGAGGGAAACAAGUCUGUCAGCUCCAACGGCAUCCCUACUCCUAGCACCACUCCCCCACCAGCGGCUGCCUCUCGGCCCAUUGCUUCACCCAGCAAGCCUGCCAUCAUGAAGGCGGAUGUCGAUGAUGGCGACAGCCCCAAGGUCCUGCCCACAGAGCCUGCAGACGGCGUCCAAGACGAGGAGCUGACUGAACCCGGUACGAAGCGUGCUGGUCAGUCUGAAGAUGGUGACGACAGCGGCGAUCGUGAGCGGGAUAUCUACUCUGAGGCUGUUCUGGCUUGCAGCAUUGAGAACCCCGAAGCCUGCGUCAUGUGCAGUGGUUAA